CUUCUCCUCCAGGACCGACUUGAGAGCGAUGGGGUGUUGGGUCCUUCUGCCCCUCCUGACUGGGAUCGUUUCCAUCGCUGGGACUUGGACAGUGUACGGGAUUGCUCUGGCACACGGCCAUGUGUGCCCCUUAACCAACUGGGAGUACAAUUAUACCUGCCCAAUUAAUACCACCACAAAAUGCUGCACAGAGAAAAACAUGCCGUAUGUAAGCACCAGUGGUGUACGCUUCCCCGAAAAUUCUCUCUACAGUGCAGUGCUCAAUGCAGUCGCUUUCUUGUUUGUGGUGCUGUGUGUUUUCCGACAUGCUCAGAUAGUGGAACAGAAGGGGGAUGAAAUGGUACUGAGUAAGGUAGCUCUGAUCAUGGGCUGUUUCGCUUCUGUGGGAGGUUUCCUUGCUGGAAACUGCAAUUUAUUUGCUGCCCAGGGAAUACACUACUUUGGAGCUUCUUUGUGUUUCGUCGCUGCUUGUUUUUAUGCAGUUUUACAGACCGUUUUGACAUACAAGGUCCGUGUAACCGGGAAAGAGUGUUUCCUGGCACCUCUACGCACUGUGUUGGUCAUCAUCGAGGUGUUAUUUUCCAUCAUCUUCGUGGCCUUUAUCAUCCAUCCAGUCCUCAAUUAUCGACACGUGGGAGCCAUCGCUGAAUGGGUCGUGUGCACAAAUUUCCAUAUCUUUGUUAUGACACUUGCCUUCGAGUUCUUUUCUAUCACCUCGUCAGUGCUCCACACACUGAUCAACAAGCCUGAGGAUGAGAAGGUCGCCAUUCUAUCAGAUCACAAAGGUACAGGCCUCAAUACAUUCAACAAAUUACACUAACCAACUAAAGCCGGACUUUAGGAACCUUUAACGCUUAGUCCUUAGAAUAUAGGAUGUUGGUCUCUUCAUCGUUAGAAAAUGCUUUGGUUGCUGAUGAAUACCAUCAUGAUAUAUAAGUCCGUGGAAACCUCAUGAAUUUUAAAGACAAAUGCUGCCAUCACUGCACUGGGAUUAGGUACUCUACCUGCACAUUGCACUUAACUCAAACCUUAAGGGACUGCUAAGGUUUUGUGACAAAAGCUGAACACAGCACCGGUGCAAUUAGCGACCUUUGUUCGAAGGGAUAUUACCUGUUUUGAAUUGUUCUUUGGUUCUCAGCUUCUCUCCUUUGUAAUCUCUCCACUGAAAUCUACACCAAAUAAACCGUGCAUCUACU